AUGUUUUUCUGCCAUGUGUUGCUCAUUUCGUGCGGGGCCAUUGUGGCCAUUUCCAGCUGUGACGCUGCCAAAACGGCCCAACCGACGCUGGAAUUGGUGCAGCCGGAAGUGCGAGCGAGAGAUCAGUUGGUGGAUGACGGCAAGAGGAUGCUGAGCAAGCGGGGUUUGAGCUUCGGCGGCGGGGUUGGGGCGUGGAAUGGGGUGGAUUGGCAGAAUGCCUGGAGCACUCCAUCCUUUGGCGGCGGCGGCGGCGGCACAUUUGGCGUGAGUUCGGCGCAAUUUGGACCAUGGUUAGGUAACUCGCACAAGUACGUGCCGUCGCCGGCAGAAGUGACGGCGGCAAUUGCGGCGGCCAAGCAGGCGUCGGCGAACGUGCUCGUGGCGCAGCAGCAAGUGUUGGCCGCCAAGGAGAAUGUCCUGUCGCAGCAGAAAUUGGCGGCCGAGCGCGAGACUCAGGCGUCCAUUGCCCAGCAGAAGAGCGAGGCCGCGGCGGCCAUUCAGCGAUCCGAGGCCGCGGCGGCGGCACAGGCCGUGAUCCUCGCGCAGCAGCGCCUGGCGUCGGCCAAGGCGGCCGUGGCGCAUCACCAGAAGAUCGCCGCCAGCAAGGAAGCCCAGGCGGCGUCCGCUCUCCAGAGCUCGGCGCACGCCGCGGCGGCGGAAAUCCAGCGAACAGAGCACGAGGCAUCGAAGUUGUCCACGUAUCAGAGGAACGACGCCGCAGCUGCUCUGCACCACGUCACCGCGACAAAGGACGCGGCGCUGGCCCCUCUCACCAUCGGCAACAACCGCCUGCCCACAGUAACCUUCAGCCCCUUCCACUACCCCGCGGCGUCGUGGAGUCCCGGCUUCGUGACCUCGGCCACACCCUCGCUCGUGGGCCACUCAUCCGGAGCCCCGUGGUCGGCGGCCUUCUUGCCGCACCGCGCGGCGCUGGGCGGAUUCUGGGGGUAG